AUGAGUGAUCUUUUUAAUGUGGUGUCCAGUUGGAUUGAAUUCCAUUCGUCAAGUGAGAGUAUUGCUACUGACGGUUAUAGUUUGCUUAGUUUGCUAGACUUUGCUAGUAUUCCAGCUAAUGUGUUUGCCAGCUGUUUCCCCAGACUUAAAUCUUUAUGUACGUACAAGAAAUGUCAACAGUUAUUCACAAAAAUCUUGGAGUACAAUGCUUCUAUCUAUGCACAACCAAUUCUGGAAAGACCACCUGUGAACCAAAUUGACACCUUGUUGGAUGAAGAGGUGUUCGUAGUCCUUGGAGGUAUACAGCUAGAAGGACCUGGUUAUUAUGUGCAAUCUAAGAUACAGUAUCUACACCCGGUCACAUCAGAAUGGAGUAAGUUAACGGAUCUUCCUGAGCCUAUGUUUGGACAGUGUGUCACCUUUCUAGACAAUUUUCUUUAUGUAGCUGGCGGUAGUAAUUAUCAGACACCCAUGUCUUCACAGUUGUCACAGGAGAUGCAUCGUUAUAAUAUCCAGACUGGUGAGUGGUUGUUUGUGGCUCCCAUGAUGGAAAAGCGAAUGGGGUUCAGUAUGACUGCUGUUGGUAACAAGUUAUAUGUUAUUGGUGGACUAAAUCAGAGUUGUCUGUUGGACUCCCUUGAAUGUUACGAUCCUGCAGCGAAUACAUGGAGUUAUGUUCACCACCUUGAGGAGCCACUCUUCCUUCACGCAGCUGUAGCAUAUCAAAGACAAAUUGUACCUCUCUGGAGGAAGUAG